AUGGCUCGUGGAUGUUUUGCCGUAACGAUAGCGAUGCAACUGUCUCAACUGAUCACGCGCACGUUCCUCCGAGAAGGGGUCGUAGCAACAUGUGCAAGCCAGAGCGGGCCAGCGACCGGGGGUAGAUGCGGGAAAGAGACUGGUAGUCUCUGCUUGUUCCGAACUUGGGCCGAUGGUACUGUAGAAUUUCUAACCCAAUUCUUCCUUUUGGUAUUCGUGACUGCGGAACAUACGCGUCAUUCAAAGUUCCUUAUCGGAAACCUGGACAAGGGCAAAAUGAUCUAUAUUCUACAUCCAAAAAAGGAUACUCAGCCAAAGCCUUGGUUCCCGCUUUGCUCUUUAACAUAUCCAUGA